GCCGCGCUGCAACUCUAUGAUUGGAGGCGGAGUUCUCCUUGCCUGGUCCUCCUCCAGCGCCUCGAAGAGGCGCUUGUGGCCAUAGCGGGAGGAGAAGCAGUUGGGUGAAGGGGAACGAAGGUGUAGGAAUCUCAAGUGCGAAGGCUGCAGGCGCGAGAAUGCACACAAUUGGGGUUUGUACUGCUUCUCUUGGCUCACUGGGCCUCAUGCGAUUCUUCGGUGUGUCCUGGACAUGGAGUAUUGCCGUCACUUUGGGCAUUUAUAUUGGCAGUGGUGGGUGGAACUUUCUCCGCAUCAUCUUUAAAACAGCCCUGAGAGAUUUACUAGGACUCUCGGUGCUUUUGCGAGUCAAAUAUGAACUGUACCAUCACAGGAAAGCCAAAAAUAAUAUUCCCAAGAUAUUCCAGAAAGUGGUCUGGAAGCAUCCAGACAAAGUGGCCUUGAUUUAUGAAGCUACUGAUGACAGGUGGACAUUCCAGCAACUGGAUGAAUAUUCCAACUGUGUGGCCAACUUCUUUUACCAGCAGGGCUUUCGUGAGGGUGAUGUAAUUGCUAUCUUCAUGGAGAACCGACCAGAAUUUGUAGGCCUCUGGUUGGGGAUGGCCAAAGUGGGUAUUGAGGCAGCUCUCAUCAACUUCAACUUGCGCCUUGACUCAUUGACUUACUGUGUGAAAACCUCAGAAGCAAAAGCCAUCAUCUUUGGUGGGGAGCUAUCAGAAGCAAUCUCUGAAGUGAACGGCAUCCUGGGGAAAAAUAUGACUAGGUUCUGUUCUGGAGAUUUUGUACCUGAAUCCUGUCCUCCAGAUACUAAGCACUUGGACCCUCUGCUGGCACAGACAUCGAAAUCUCCUCCAACUCAUGUUUCAACCAAGGGAUUAGAUGAUCGGCUGUUCUACAUUUAUACCUCUGGAACAACUGGAAUGCCAAAAGCUGCCAUUGUGGUGCACAGUAGAUAUUACCGAAUUUCUGCUUUUGGUUAUUACGCUUACAGAGUGACCCAAGAUGACAUAAUCUAUAACUGUCUACCACUGUACCACUCAGCAGGGAACAUCAUGGGUAUCGGCCAGUGUGUGGUUCAUGGUCUGACGGUAGUGAUUAAGAAGAAAUUUUCUGCCAGUCGCUUCUGGGAUGACUGUGUGAAAUACAAGUGUACAAUCAUCCAAUAUAUCGGGGAGAUUUGCAGAUACCUGCUGAACCAACCAGUGCGGGAGGCAGAAAGGCAGCACCAGGUGCGGCUAGCUAUUGGAAACGGCUUGAGGCUCACCAUUUGGGAAGACUUCACACAGCGCUUCCGAAUCAAACAGAUUGGAGAAUUCUAUGGGGCUACUGAGUGUAACUGUAGCAUUGCUAAUGUAGAUGGAAAGGUGGGAGCCUGUGGCUUCCAUAGCCGGAUUUUGCCAAAUGUAUAUCCUAUCCGCUUGGUGAAAGUUAAUGAGGAUACCAUGGAGCUAAUACGUGGCACAAACGGACUUUGUAUCUCCUGUCAACCAGGAGAACCCGGACUUCUUGUGGGCAGGAUAAACCAAGAAGACCCCUUGCGGAGAUUUGAUGGCUAUGUCAAUCAAAAUGCAACUAAUAAGAAAAUAGCUUAUAAUGUCUUCCAAAAAGGAGAUCAGGCUUAUCUUACAGGAGAUGUCCUAGUGAUGGAUGAUCUUGGCUAUAUGUACUUCAAAGACCGCAGUGGGGAUACAUUCCGCUGGCGUGGGGAGAACGUUUCCACCACAGAAGUUGAGGGAAUCCUCAGCCAUAUUCUCAGCAAGACAGAUGUGGCCGUUUAUGGGGUAGAGGUACCAGGAGUGGAAGGCAAGGCUGGAAUGGCAGCUAUUGCUGACCCAAAAGCAAAACUGAAUCCUAACAUUCUGUAUUUGGAGAUACAGAAAGCAUUACCUCCAUAUGCACGGCCUAUCUUCCUCCGAUUUCUGCCACAGGUUGACACCACAGGCACUUUCAAGAUUCAGAAGACCCGUUUACAAAGAGAAGGCUACAAUCCACACCAGAUAUCAGAUCGGUUAUACUUUUUGGAUGUGAAACUUGGCAAGUACCUACCAAUAGAUGAGUGCAUUUUUGAGAGGAUCCAGACUGGAAAAAUGUCUCUUUGAUUUAAUUGGUGAGACGACGCAUAAAGAUCCUGAUGUCGAAAGGUCUUGUUUUGGUAGAGAAAUAGACUUGAAUAAAUAAGCAAAACAAGAUUUUAAUAUGCAACAGGGAAAAAGCCCACUAUGGUGUGAGAGCAAGAUGGUUUUCCUUCCUUUUUUUUUUUUUUUUUAAAAAAAGCACAUUAACCAUUUCCAAAACUCUUUUUGUAUUGUUCAGUUUUUAGAAAGGCCUUUUUCUUCCAAAUAACUAUUGUGAUAGGGAAUUCCAUAUAAAAGCGAGAACGAUUUCUGAUCUGCAUUAUUAAAUGUCCUCAAUAUACCAGGGAUGACUAAACCUGUUGUAGCAAACUGAUCAAAUUAUUUUCUUCUGUGUUAGUUGGCUAUAUUUCAUUGUGUUAAAGCAGAGAAUAAUUGUUUGGGAUAAAGACUUCAGUUCCUUUAGACUUUUCAGGUUCCAGACAUACAAAUUUAGAGUUCCUCCCAUUGUUUCUUUGUAACUUUAUUUGUAGCUUUAAGGAACUGACUGUCAAAAUGCAACAGUUUAUGCGUAGAAACUUGAUGUUGAAUAGAAAAGCCAGAAACAGAACUAAUCAGAUGAGAUAACAGUAUUAUUUUUUUAAAAUGAUAUAUAAGUAUAUUGAAAAUAAGUUGGUUUGGAAACUCUUCUUGAAAUGUUCUCUGGAUGCUCUUUUAGCAGAAGGAUAUUGUGGUACUUCAAAUUCCAUUUACCUACAGCAUAUCCAUUGGCUGUUACAGACUAUACCCUGUGGGAAAAUAAUUGAUGUAUGUUCUUUUAAUCUAUUUUAAAUCAUCUUAUUUAAAACAAACGUUAAUUUGGAGGAAUGGGAUAUUUCAAAUAAUUAUUUGACUGCUCCAGAAUCUUGAAAAAACAGUUCCAUUAAACCCUGAAAGGAGUGGAUGUCUGAUGCUGUUCAGUCUUUGGACUUACUAAUUUCUUCUGACCAGCAUAGGAAGCAUGUCAGCUCAUCAAAGACCAUUUGCAACACAUUUCUCACACUGAUCUUCCAGCAAUAUCUGAUUUGGACAUUCAUAACUUUGCUUCAUUAGUGCCAUUUGGGUAGAUGGCACUAAGAAUUUGUAUAAAGACGAUACAAAUGGACUGCUUGAAUUUUGAAUGCCUGCCUGUUCAAAGAAGCUGUAAUUCUUGGGAUACAGUGAUAUGGAAAUAUUCUGUUACCAAUGUAUACACUACUGGCCUGAUAUAUGAUUGUGAAUAAAAUAUUUCAGGUACCCUGAAUUACUUAAGAUCAAAUUAAUUUUCCUUGAUAUUUUUCUCUUUGGCAGAAAUAGAAUUUCAUCUAAGAGUAUUUUACAAAGACAUGUACAGAACAAUGUUAUUUUAUAUUUCUGAGUACUGUACACCAAGUAUUGUACUAGCCAGGCAAUUGAUAAAUAAGUUUAGAAGCCAUGGGAGUCAUCUGUUUCCCUUUUUUAAUUAUAAGACCCAGAAUGUGCCUUUUCCAACUUCUCUUCAGAACGAAUUAAAACAAGUUAACAAUUUUGUUAUGAACAUAAGAUGUAUUAGUUGUUGCAUAAAUAAACAUUACCUACAGCUAACUGAUAUGAUCUGGAGAAAAAGAUUUGUUUAAAAAAAGCAAACAAAACUAAUUUUGCGCCUGGUUUUGCGAAUCAUGCAUUGUCUAACUGAAUUUUUUGAAGCAAUGUUACAUUUUGUUAUUGGAGUCACUAUUGCCAAAACAUAACACUGAUUUGAGAAAAACCUUAUAAGAAUAAAGAACCUUAAAAGAACU